CUCAUAUGACCAGAAGGUUCAGUCUGCUCUGCGGCUCCUAGUAAAAGAAGAAUCUCUAAAUUAUAGAAGCUUAAGUCCAUUUACCAUUUAAAUCCUGAGCGCACUAAAGAGCAGCCAGAAGAGGAUGGCUGGAAGAGAGGACAACCAAAGACACGAAGAGACAGGCGCACAAGAAAAGCCAAACAGUUCAGGGCUUCAAUCUAGCAGCCAACGUAAUGGCGUAAGACAAAAAUCACAGCAAGACCUUUAUCUUGGAUGUCUAACAAAGCAACAGCUGAUAAUGAUAUCUGUGGCUGUUGGACUUGUCGUCCUGCUGGUUAUUGGUUCUGUCACGGCUGUGGUUUUGAUCAGGAAGUCAGACUCCUCAGCUCCUCUCUCCUCAUUUUCAACUGGUGGAGACAUGCUGGACUUCCUGGUUCAGUCGGGUGUUAUCAGCAAACAAGAUGGCCUCUUGGCGUCCUGGUUUCACAGAGCUAACCGCAAAGAAGAAAUGAACAAAGCGCUCACAAGCGAUUCCAUGAUUCUGGAGGCCGAUGUCACUCUGGAGGGUUAUGGAACACCCAAUGAGAAGCCAAUCCCAAUCAUGGCCCACCCUCCCGACAUAUACAGUGACAACACUCUGGACCAAUGGUUAAAUGCUGUUCUAGCUUCUAGAAAAGGCAUUAAAUUGGAUUUUAAGUCUCUGGCAUCUGUGGGUCAUUCAUUGGACCUGCUGAGAAUGAAGAACAGCAGCAGUGAAAUAAACAGACCUGUAUGGCUUAAUGCUGACAUCCUCCGGGGUCCUAAUGUACCAGCAUUCAUGCCUCAAGUCAAUGGAACCAGAUUUCUAGAGUUAAUUCAGGAGAAGUUCCAGGAUGUGACUUUGUCCCCUGGAUGGAUGGUGGCCUAUUCUCCCCCACUUUUCACUCAAACCUACACCAGACUCAUGGUGGAAGACAUGUAUGACAUGAUCAAAGAUGUCCCCCAAAAGGUGACGUUUCCAGUCCAUGCCCUGUUGGUUCAGAGAGGCUGGCAGCACAUCAGCUGGCUGCUUAGUCAGUCUCCACGGUUCAGUCUGACGUUGUGGCAGGGUUCAAUUCACCCAAACAUCAGUGACCUGCUGUUUGUUCGAGACAACUCCUACCCUGCCAGAGUCUACUACGACAUCUAUGAACCGACGCUGUCUGAAUUCAAACAGGCCGCAAGGCAGCAGGGUCGGGUCAGGAGAUUCUAUCCUGGAGGAGACCUGAUGGACUUCCUCUUUCCUGCUCACACCUCAGACCUCCACUUCAUGUCAACAGUCACACAACACAACAGUGAGGAGGUCCGCUGGUUUACAGUCAGAGAUUUGCCUUCCUUGAUGGUCCAGCUUACAGGUGCUGCUGCUGGUAUGUUGGUAGUUCAGGUGUCUUCUGACAGUGAACCAGCUGGAGUCCCUUUGGUGGAAGGUUCUGGAGAGAGCUCCCUCACACUGCAGGUAAUUUAACAGCUUGUUUUUAGG